AUUUGUAUAGCCAGUGAGUGAUUCUCUGGAUGGAAAAUUUGGAUGGAGGCGAAGCCAUUACCCAUUAAAAAAGCUCGGAAAGAUGGCUAGGAAGAAACCCGGCCCAUGUUGCUGAACCAGAUUGCCAUCACCGAGCUCGCGACUUGGGAAGAAGAAAUUGCGCUAUGAACACGUAAGGCGCAAGCUAGACUCUGCCCCAUUCACAUACAUUACAUCCCAACACACUCAGGAUAACGCCGAGCCUUCUCUCUCUCUCUUUCUCUCUCUUAGUCCUACUCUGUCACCCCCACCCUUUUCUUGUUUACACCAUCUUCUCUCUCCCUCUCUAUAAAAAAAAUCGUAAAUUAUAUCCUAACCUAUGUGAGAAUUUUUUCCAUUUCUCUCUGGCUUGAGGCUUCUAUAAAAUAUAAAUACAUUUCAAUUUGUACGAGAAAUAGCAUAUUUUGUUUACGAAUUCCUUAAGUUUUCUCUCUCUCUUUCUGUGUGUUCGGAGGCAGUUGGUGAGAGCUUGCCGAAACAGAUCCCCCUUCUUGCAGACUCUGCUAUAUCGAUCUUUUUGAUCAAAGUUCCUGACAUUCCCUUACUCAAUUUCCUCUUUUUCCUCGAACUUCCUUGUCGGGCCUCUCUAUCUGUCUGUUCGGAAUUUCUGCUUGCUUCCUGGGUCGGAUUUUGUCUGUUGCUCUGUUUCUGGGAAUUUAUUUCAAAUUAGGGUUUAUGGGCUAUAUUUUCGAAAUUGGCUCUUCGACGUGAAAUUUGUGGGGCUCUGGUUGUUUGAAUUCUGAUCGAAGUUGUGACUUUGAUUAAUGCUGUGAUAUUUCCCGUUGAGAAUGAUAAUCAAGCGGAACCUGAAAACCCAAAUGCCGAGUCUGAAACGGUGCAAACUCGGUGACUCGGCUGGGGACGACGAUGACUGCUCUGCGGCUCGAAAGAAGAGGAAGGCUAAUGGGUAUUACCCUUUGAAUCUUCUCGGUGAUGUCGCCGCCGGUAUACUUCCUGUUAGCUUCCAUGGCUUACUAGGCGCUGGUGUUUCUGAGAAGGGCUUCUCUGCAUCAUGGUGUGCGGAAGUCUCGUGCUCCCCUGUUGAGGCGGAGUCAAAGUCGAAGGGCCCAAACUCUAUAACAGCUAAGAUGAAUCGGCCUGCGGAGGAACCACGGCCGCCGCUGGUCAGAACGUCAAGGGGCCGAGUUCAGGUACUCCCUUCGCGUUUCAACGAUUCAGUUAUUGAGAAUUGGAGGAAAGAGAGUAAGACGAACUCUCGUGAUUAUAGUUUUGAAGACGAACUUGAUAGUAGAAAGGAGAAUAGUUUUAGGACAGUGAAAUCAUACAAUCAGAAUACCAGAAAAGGGAGAAACGAUGAUAAAAUUGGCUAUAAGUCUCGGAAAUAUUCGGCAUUAUAUGAGGAGGAGGAUGAGGUAAGAGAGGAUGGGCCUGUAAGGUGUAGGAAUUUUGAUACGAGGAGGUAUUCAACUUCUAGCGCACUCAACCUAAAGCGCGAGCAAUUAAUUGAAGAUGAGAGACGCGGAUUUAUGUAUAUGGAGGAAGUUGAUAUAGCAGGCAACGAGAGAUUUUUGAAGGAGAAUGACGAGAAAAAGGAUGGAUUAUAUGGACCCGAAGACUUUUACGCUGGUGAUAUAGUGUGGGCCAAAGCAGGAAAGAAGGAGCCCUUUUGGCCGGCCAUUGUUAUCGAUCCAAUGUCUCAGGCGCCUGAGUUGGUCCUGAGGUCUUGUAUAGCUGAUGCAGCUUGUGUGAUGUUUCUUGGGUACUCUGCAAAUGAAAGUCAAAGGGACUAUGCAUGGGUGAAGUAUGGGAUGAUUUUCCCAUUUAUAGAUUAUGUAGACAGGUUUCAGGGACAGGUGGAAUUGAGUUACUAUAACCCUUCUGAUUUCCAAGUAGCAAUAGAAGAGGCAUUCUUGGCAGAUCGGGGAUUUACAGAGAAGUUGAUAGCAGAUAUAAAUUUAGCUGCUGGCAACACAGGGUUCGAUGAAACCUUUCCAAAAGGCAUACAAGAGGCCCCUGGUGCAAAGCAGUAUGCAGGAUAUCACUUCCUGAGCCAGGAAUUUUUUGAUAAGAGGAAAGAGACACGGCCCUGUGAAGCUUGUGGCUUGGAUCUUCCUUUCAAAACGUCAAAGAAAACAAAGGAAUCAACCCCUGGUGGUCAAAUUUUAUGUAAAACAUGCGCUAGGUUAACAAAAUCAAAACAUUAUUGUGGCAUAUGCAAGAAAAUUUGGAAUCAUUCAGAUAGUGGAAGCUGGGUGCGCUGUGAUGGAUGUAAAGUUUGGGUGCAUGCAGAAUGUGACAAAAUUUCCAGCAACCUUUUCAAGAAUCUUGGAGGAACUGAUUAUUACUGCCCGACGUGUAAAGCAAAGUUUGAUUUUGAGUUAUCCGAUUCAGAAAAGUCACAGCCAAAAGUCAAAUGGAACAAGAACAAUGGGCAGCUAGUGCUGCCAAACAAAGUUACUGUUCUCUGCAAUGGUGUGGAAGGCAUUUAUUUUCCCAGCCUUCACUUAGUUGUGUGCAAGUGUGGUUUUUGCGGGACAGAGAAGCAAGCCCUUAGUGAAUGGGAACGGCACACGGGUUCCAAAUCAAGAAAUUGGAGAACAAGUGUUAGGGUGAAAGGCUCUAUGCUCCCGUUGGAACAAUGGAUGUUGCAGCUGGCAGAAUUUCAUGCAAAUGCUCAAGUUUCUGUCAAACCUAAAAAGCCUUCAUUAAAAGAAAGGAAGCAGAAGUUGCUCGCAUUUUUGCAAGAGAAGUAUGAACCAGUUUAUGCUAAGUGGACAACAGAACGGUGUGCUGUGUGUAGAUGGGUUGAAGAUUGGGACUAUAAUAAAAUUAUCAUUUGCAACAGAUGUCAAAUAGCUGUUCAUCAAGAGUGCUAUGGAGCAAGAAAUGUUCGAGACUUCACAUCGUGGGUUUGUAAAGCUUGUGAAACACCUGACAUGAAACGGGAGUGUUGUCUUUGUCCUGUAAAGGGUGGUGCACUAAAGCCAACCGAUGUGGACACACUAUGGGUUCAUGUCACUUGUGCUUGGUUUCGACCUGAAGUCUCUUUUGCAAGUGAUGAAAAGAUGGAGCCUGCUUUGGGAAUUCUGAGUAUUCCGUCUAAUUCUUUUGUGAAGAUUUGUGUUAUAUGUAAGCAAAUUCAUGGUUCAUGUACACAAUGUUGCAAGUGUUCCACUUAUUUUCACGCCAUGUGUGCGUCGAGGGCUGGAUAUCGCAUGGAGUUGCAUUGUUCGGAGAAAAAUGGUAGGCAGACAACAAAAAUGGUUUCUUAUUGUGCAUAUCACAGGGCUCCAAAUCCAGACACUGUUUUGAUUAUGCAAACCCCUCUUGGAGUUAUUUCUACCAGAAGCCUUCUCCAAAAUAAGAAAAAAUCUGGGUCAAGGUUAAUUUCAUCUAAUAGAAUAAAGCUAGAAGACACUCCUGUAGAGAACAAUGAGGAUGAACCAUUUUCUGCCGCAAGGUGCCGUGUCUUUCAAAGAACAAAUCUCGGCAAAAAGAGAGCAGCGGAUGAAGCCAUUUCUCAUCAAGUUAAAGGUCACUGCCAUCAUCCUUUAGACACUAUACAGAGAUUAAAUGCAUACAGGAUAAUGGAGGAGCCUCCAACAUUUUCUUCUUUUAGAGAACGUUUGGACUACUUACAGAGAACCGAAAAUGAACGCGUUUGCUUUGGUAGAUCGGGGAUACAUGGAUGGGGCCUCUUUGCACGUAGAAAUAUACAAGAAGGAGAAAUGGUUCUUGAAUAUCGCGGUGAACAAGUGAGACGCAGCAUUGCUGAUCUGAGGGAGGCGCAUUAUAAGAUAGAAGGCAAAGAUUGCUAUCUUUUUAAAAUAAGUGAAGAAGUGGUGGUAGAUGCCACUGACAAAGGAAAUAUUGCCCGGCUUAUCAACCAUUCGUGUAUGCCGAAUUGCUAUGCAAGAAUUAUGAGUGUGGGUGAUGAUGAGAGCCGUAUUGUACUCAUCGCGAAGACCAAUGUUCUCGCUGGUGAUGAACUAACGUAUGACUACUUGUUUGAUCCCGAUGAGCCAGAUGAAAACAAAGUGCCAUGUUUGUGUAAAGCUCCAAAUUGCCGGAAAUUCAUGAACUAGUAAAUAUAGAUGAUGAUACCUUGAUAGAACAUUUGCUGGGUCACUUUCCAAAAGUUAGCUUAUGAGGUUAGUUCAUAUUACACUCCUAUUGUUUCUCCGCAAGGAUCACUAACCCUUCCAUCCCUCUUCGGCGGGUCUUUUACAGUUUAUACGCAAUUUGUAAUUCUGAUCAAGUCUAAAAGCAAAAAAUUAGAAAAAUGUGUGUUUAUCUUCUCUCUCUCUCUUUUUCCCCUUAGACAUUCAUUGAAGCCUAAUAAAAGCUAUAGAUUUAGCAGCUUUUGGCUCCUGGUGUCUCUGUAAAUGUCUUAGAAAUGAUUACCUUAUUCUCACA